AAAACCACAUCCCUUUAAUUCUCAAUCGAAAAUCUAGGGUUUUUCUUCCACUUCCGAUUCCUCGGAUCUUCGAUUAGUGCUAGGGUUAGUGUUAUAGUUCACGAAACGAUGUCGUUGAGGCCCAAUGCUAGGACGGAGGUUCGCCGCAACCGCUACAAGGUGGCCGUGGACGCCGACGAGGGUCGCCGGAGGCGGGAGGACAACAUGGUGGAGAUCCGCAAGAGCAAGCGCGAAGAGAGUCUCCAGAAGAAGCGCCGCGAAGGCCUCCAAGCUCAGCAGCAGUUCCCCACUCCUCUUCAAGCCUCCUCCAUUGUCGAGAAAAAGUUAGAGAGUCUUCCUGCCAUGGUUGCUGGAGUCUGGUCUGAUGAUAAUAGCCAGCAGCUGGAAGCUACUACUCAAUUUCGGAAACUGCUUUCGAUUGAACGCAGCCCUCCUAUUGAGGAAGUUAUUCAAGCUGGUGUUGUGCCUCGAUUUGUCGAGUUUCUUGUUAGAGAGGAUUUCCCUCAACUUCAGUUUGAGGCUGCAUGGGCUCUCACAAACAUAGCAUCUGGAACUUCUGAGAACACUAAGGUGGUAAUUGAUCAUGGGGCAGUCCCGAUAUUUGUGAAGCUACUUAGUUCACCCAGUGAUGAUGUUCGGGAGCAGGCUGUGUGGGCACUGGGAAACGUUGCUGGUGACUCCCCUAGGUGCCGUGAUCUUGUUCUCAGUCAUGGCGCCCUGAUCCCAUUGUUAGCCCAGUUGAAUGAGCAUGCAAAACUUUCAAUGCUCAGGAAUGCCACAUGGACCCUGUCAAACUUUUGCAGGGGCAAGCCACAGCCACCAUUUGAACAGGUGAGACCAGCGCUUCCAGCUCUUGAGCGUUUGGUUUUUUCCAAUGAUGAAGAGGUUUUAACAGAUGCAUGCUGGGCACUGUCAUAUCUUUCUGAUGGAACAAAUGACAAAAUCCAAGCAGUUAUUGAGGCAGGUGUUUGUGGCAGAUUGGUGCAGCUCCUUCUGCACCCUUCCCCAUCAGUGUUGAUACCUGCUCUUCGCACAGUGGGAAAUAUUGUGACUGGAGAUGAUAUUCAGACUCAGGCUAUUAUCAAUCAUGGUGCACUCCCAUGCCUCUUGAGCCUGUUGACACAUAAUCAUAAAAAAAGUAUCAAGAAAGAAGCUUGCUGGACCAUAUCAAACAUUACAGCUGGAAACAAAGAACAGAUACAGGCUGUAAUCGAAGCUGGUCUGAUUGCUCCCCUUGUCAAUCUUCUUCAAAAUGCUGAGUUUGACAUUAAAAAAGAGGCAGCUUGGGCUAUCUCAAAUGCUACAUCUGGUGGAACCCACGAGCAGAUCAAGUAUUUGGUGAGCCAGGGUUGCAUUAAGCCUCUCUGUGAUCUGCUUGUUUGCCCCGACCCAAGAAUUGUGACUGUCUGUUUAGAAGGUCUUGAGAAUAUUCUGAAGGUUGGGGAAGCUGAGAAGAGCUUGGGUAACUCUGGAGAUGUCAACUUGUAUGCUCAGAUGAUAGAUGAUGCUGAGGGGUUGGAGAAAAUAGAAAACCUGCAAAGUCACGACAACAAUGAAAUAUAUGAGAAGGCUGUUAAAAUUCUUGAGACAUACUGGUUGGAAGAUGAAGAUGAGACACUACCAUCAGGUGAUGGUGCACAACCUGGUUUUAAUUUUGGAAGCAACGACCUUCCAGUCCCGUCUGGUGGAUUCAACUUCAGUUGAAGACUUGUGAUGAGAACCUGUUUGGAUGAGCAGGGUUGAUGCUAGGGUGACUGUUGGAGUCGAGUCGGGGUGGGGGGGGGGGGGUCAGUCCAUGCACUUCAUGGUGUCUGGUUUAAGUCUGUCUUGUGUCCGUGGUUAAUGAGGUGCAGGGGUGGGUCAGUUUAACUACCAUGUCCAAAUAAGAGAGGGGGCUGGUGGGUUCAACAGCAGCAUAUUGACCUUGUCAGCAGUUUAUGUUGUAUUAGAAAUGUACAUGCUGGGCAGGAGUAGCAGGAGGUUCUAUGUUGCAGUAACAGGGACCCGUAUUAUGUGGCAAUUGGGGGAGGGUUUUCUUGAAUGCGGCUUUGAGUCCUAUUUUUUAUUGAGUCGUCGUUGUAUUGGUAAUUUAUACCGAGUCAGUAUUUGAUUUGAGUGAAUACGGUAUUCAGAAACCAAUUUUAUGGUGUAUUCAAAUGAAAGAAUUAGCGCUAUUCUUGUGCUUGC